AUGUCUACUGCAAGACAACCAGGUCAUCCGUCCCGACGUACAAACCAAUCCGUCUCUUCAACGACAUCGGCGGCAUCCUCACGAAGUGAUCGUCUAGCCCCACCGGAGCCCAGCCCCCAAGUCGAAACGGCAGUCACCCGUUUACUCGUAUCUAUCAAGCAGCUUCUCGAAGCCCUCACAAAAUGGAGCAAGCAGGAGGUCUCGGAGAUGGACGUCAGCGAUGUAUACGUGCGCUUGGGGAAUGACUUCAAUGCCGCCGUAGCGGCGUUUAGUCUGUACAGGAUUGAGAUGUCUGAACUAGCCUCUGUACCAGACGACUUGCGCGCUAUCCUCGAGACUUGCCUCUCAGAAGAUGCCACUCCGGACGUGCUCUCGCAGUACCUGCCCGAAGUGCGCAAGAUCAUCACGGAUCUGCUGCAAGGUCUGCGGUCGAAACAGUCGAUAUACCGCCGGAUCAUAUCCGACCACAAACAUCGCUCCUCCGACGCCGCCAACGGGAGCGACCGCGAGAGCCGAAGCGAGCGGACGGCAUCCAGGCGUGACGGCACGAGCGUAUCCUCACGCGCACAGGUGAUGCGGGGACAUGAGUCUUCCGAAAGCUCUUCCCGACGCUCCGCCACCUCGAGCAGGCGAGGCGCUAACCCAGCUUCGCCGCCGGUGCGGAAUAACGCUGACUUCGUGGGCGGGUUUGCUCCGCCGAAUAUGGUCGACGGGGAUGCGCCGCCACCAUAUCGAUCGUCUACUCCCGGCCCUCCGCCGAGGUCACAGUUGCCGGAGACGAGCAGCUUCCCGCCCUCGCGCGCUCGGUCAGCUUCGGCGGUAGAUGCUACCGCUGGGAUGGUAAAUGGACAGCAGGGCGUUGUGAAUGGGCAGCAGGGUAUGUCGAACGGGCAACAUGGGAUGUCGAACGGGCAGGGCGCAGUAAAUGGGCAACAAUCUAAAGGUUCGCCAGACCUGGAUGUCACCCCAAUAGCUCGGCCACAACCUCAGGUGCCCCCCAGCGUGAAACGGUACUCACUCUCAGACCCGCCCGUCGGCGCCCCAACGCCUCCACCAAUGGUCGUCGUUGACGAAGUAAACGAGGAAUCUCCAUCUCCGGCGACUCGUCCUGCCACGCCUCAGUCACCACCGCGAGACAACGUGCCGAUGGAAUCCUUCCCAGCUCCAGCUGUGCAGAACUCGCUCGCAGCGUUGAAGCAAAGUGAUGCCCUCGAGCGGCGCGCAUCCAAGCGCUUCUCGACGUACAACAUCUCCAAGAUGACCGGUGGCUCGAUUCGAGGCCAUGGGGUGGGCAGCAAUCCUAACCGGCGGUCGCUAGCUGUGACUGGGGCACUGACCCCAGGGGAUCUUGCGGUGCUCACGGAGGUGGACGAAGAGCCGCCUGUUGCAAUGAAGCGAGAACGGAGUAGGCCGUCGCAGCGAUCGCGAAAUCCUUCACCCAUUGAAGAGGCGCCUCUCAUCCCCCCUUUGCCCUCGUCAAGAGGCCCUUCCCCACAGAAACCUGCUGUAUCUGACAAACCGCCGGAGGCUGCGCCUGCCGCGGAGCAGCCGUCGGUGGGAGGGGCGUCUGAUGAAGCGUCGACGUCCUUCCCUGUCUUCCUGCAGGUUGGCCGGGAAGUGAAGAAGGUCAUCAUCGAGCCGCCUAUGACCUUUGGAAGCCUGAGGGUAUUGUUCAUGGAUAAGUUCGCGUACAAUCCUGGCAAGGAGAACUUCCCGGCGAUCUACAUUCGAGAUCCGUCGAGUGGUGUGCAGUAUGAACUUGAGGAUCCGGACGAGAUCAAGGACAAGUGCCUUUUGUCCUUGAACAUCGAACCUCUCGACCAGAUUAAGCAGCACAUCGACACUCAAAUAUCGUCACUUGCCCAAGAUAUCAAGGAUCUCCGUGCGGUCGUGUCAAGUAACCGUCGCGCGUCACAUCCACCACCGAUGAUCAUUUCACAGCCUCUCGCAGAGAGCACGCCCUCCACCGCCCGCCCCACCGAGCGCCAGUUCCACAACGUAGCCCGGCGUCUCUCGCGUCUCCUCCCCGAUGAGGGGCUGCCACUCGUCCCUCAGCAAACGGGCUCAGUCAUCCAGCCGCAGAUGACCGGCGCGUCGGUGAUGUCCGAAUACUCCACGCGCGUGGUGGAGGACCUGAAGACGCAAUUCGACGAAGUUCAGAAUUUGCGGCGGGACCUCGGCAUCAUGCGGCAACUGUACACCGAGUUCAUGAAGCAGACGAAGGAGUCGCUAGGCGCGCUGCGGUCGCAGACGCAGAACGUGCGGCAGAUCGCGACGACCAAGGUCGCGGGCACGCGGUCGUUCAUCAACGAUGGCAAGGCGAAGCUCGACAGCCGCAGUCAGAACGUGCUGACGCGCGUCGAAGAGCUGCAGGACAUCGUCGAGAAUAUCAAGGACGAUGUCCUGAAGCGCAACGUCUCGCCGAAGCCGCAGAUCCUCAAGAAGGUGCGCGCGGACAUGGACGCCACCGCGGAGGAGCUGCGCAGCCUCAAGGAGCACAUCCAGACGGUGAAGCCGAUGUGGAAGAAGACGUGGGAGGAGGAGCUGCAGAAUAUCGUGGAGGAGCAGCAGUUCCUGCAGCACCAGGAGGAGUUCCUCGGCGACCUGCUUGAGGACCACAAGGCGGCGGAGGAAGUGUAUGGUCAUGUCGAGAAGGUCAUUUCCCUUCGCGGAAACGCGUCAGCACGGGCGACCCGAGCGCGUGGCUUCAAGCCUCCACCAAUGGACGAAGGGCAUUCAGGCUUGAGUACGGUCAUGCUGGAGAUCCGUGGCGCAGCAGCUGUGGACCCAGAGCGACGUUUGAAGGCUAUCGCGGCAAACGAGAAGAAUCGCGAGAAGGAGCUGCAGAGCCGGUCAGACGAGUUCCAGUCUGAGCUAAACGGGUUCGUUUCGGGCAAGAGGCUCAAGAUGACGGGCGGGGCUGAAGAGGUGGAGCGUGUGCGGCAGAAGAGGAACGAGCAGACGCUGAAAGCGAUGUUUACGGGGCCGUCGCCGAACACGCCGUCGAAUUCUGGGCUGAAUUCGCCUGCGGUGGAAGGAGCGCGGUUGUCGCCGUCGUGA